CCAUCAUCAGUAUUAUCUCAGAUUGUUCAAGAGAGAUUGCAUCUAUUCUACUCUAUCAGUGAUUUAUCCCAUCGACGUUUGACCCUUACAACUAAACAUGGCUUCCAAGAUAAUGCUGUUAAUCUUCACCGUUGUCAUGGUAACUGCCUUGGUAACUGCAGAAACUUUCGAUGAUCUCACCGAUGAUGAUCUUAAUGAGAUGGAAGCUCUGAUUUUCAAAAGAGCUGAUUCAAAUGAAGCUGACAUCGGAAUGGAGUUGGAUGACAACGAAAUGGAGAAACGAGGAAAGGGAAAGGGACGGGGAAAAUUUUUCCGCUGCACACAUCCAUUAUAUGGAUUUUCAUGUGUCUGUGAUAGGCGAUAUCGCAAAAGUAAUCCCAACUACUACCGGGUAUGCGGACAUCAGUGAGAAGCCUAAUAUCCGACACUGGAAUGGACCGGCAUGAAACUCGGAUAUGAGAAUCCAUGGACAGACAUAAAAAAUAAAGGAACUAUUUAUAUUGAAGGUGCAACCCAAAUGUGGAUGGAUUUUUACACUAUUCUGCAUGCCGUGAUACCGUCAUUGGUCGUAAAUUAAAUUGAUAUUCGAGGAAUCGAGGAUCGAGUUUUUAUCAGCCUUAAUUUUGGAAGAGUAAUUUGUGGAAAAUGCAGGCUACAUAGAUGACCCUCUCGUUAUAUUUGAAUAUUGAUGUAUUCACAAACCUAUGAUCACAAAUUGUUAAUUUUCAAGGGAGUUGAGAUAAUAGUUCCGAAUGUGUUUGUAUUUGUUGAUAGUUUACAUAAUGUUCGAUCAAUGAAUCACAUACAGUCAUGAAGCCGACUCCAGACCUGAAUAUUAUUUCAGAAUAAUAUCGAUCGGUAUAGAUAGUGAGAUACCUAUGUAGGCAAGCUCUUUUGGCUUUCUUUUUAGAUAGUAGUGCGCCUAGUGCGUUAACACGCACGAAAAAAAAUAGCGAUCCAAUUGUCAAUUUGCUGGUUGUGUAUGAAAGUCUCCAUUACGGAUUUAACUCUCGUAAUAAUUAUUUGAAUAUGAUUAAUUGUUAAAUAUCCAAGACAAUUGACAUUCUUCCGAGAGCCAAUUGCUCAAUAUCAAUAAAAUCUGGAAAUUCAUUGCGCACAAAAAUAUAUCCCUCUAUUGUUUUGAUUUGUUUGUUAACCUGCUCUAUUCCUUGACUUGAAUAUGAAUUGUUAUAUGGAUCCUAAUCAAAAUAGUGAUUGGUUGAAAUCUAUCACGUGUCUUCUAAUUUAUUUGAUCAUGGCUAGGACUGAUGAGUGAUUCUACUGAGGAUUCAUUGUUUUGACAUGAGGAUGGUUUUCACAGAACAAGGAUUCACAUCUU